UUAUCUUAUUUGCACUGAUUGUUGUAACAACAAUUCUAGUAAUAAUCAACAAACUAGUUUAGAAGUUAUAAUAGCUGCUAAUCAUGACCAAAUGGUUAUUAUCCUUGUCUGGCUUUUGGGAGCUAUCACAAUAA